AUGGGCGAACAUUUGAAAUCGAUUAACACUAAAACCGAAACCGAACCCAUUAUUGAGGACUAUUCGACCGCCAAAGCUCUGAAUGGCUUUCUAUUAGUUCUGUCCAAAGAGGGAGAUAUGGUUUACCUGUCAGAAAAUGUGGACAAAUAUCUUGGUUUGAAUCAAAUCGAUUUAAUCGGUCAAAGCAUUUACGAUUACAGUCAUCCCUGCGAUCACAACGACAUCAAAGACAUACUGACGCUCAAGAAUAUUAAGAAUUGCGAUGAAAGCGAUGACAAUAAAACUAAUCCAAUAUUAGGCUCGAUAUUUGUUCGCAUGAAGUGUACGCUCACUAAUAAAGGGAGAAAUCUGAACCUAAAAUCAGCCAAUUAUAAGGUAAUUCACUGCACCGGACAUCUCAAGAGUAUUACUGAUUCAGACGAGACACCCGAAGCGUCCGAGUGUUUGACGCAAACGUCCACUUAUUUUAUGAUUACUAUUUGCGAACCCAUAGAUCAGCCGACGUCUGUUGACGUGCCCUUCAGUUGCGAUGUGUUUAUUAGUCGUCACUCUAUGGACAUGAAGUAUAUACACGUCGAUGACAGCAUUAAUAAAAUCAUUGGCUAUAACUCAGAAGAGUUGACCGGAAAAUCUCUUUUCAAUUUCUUUCAUGCAUUAGAUUUACAACAAUUAGAAAAAUUCUUCAAAACUUGUAAGUCAUAUGAAUGUUGUCUCUAAUUAUAAACUCAUUGUUUUUGCUAAACUCGU